AUGGAAAAAAAACUGCAACGGUUGAAUUUGAUGGUGGGCCUGGUCUUGUUUCUGUUCGACUACGGUUCAGACAUUUACGUUGCAAUUCAAUAUUGGAAUAAUGGCGAAAUUUGGUGGUUUUCUUUGACUGUCGUUUUUAUCAGUGUUCCGUCAAUCAUCGUCAACAUAACAGCCAUCAUUCAAGUGAUAAACGCUUGGAGGUGUAUAGCAGCUCUCCUUCAACUAUCGAUUGUCAUUCGCUACUUUGAGGUAAUUUCAUCGCCUAUCGUCGAUGGAACCUACUCGCUCGCAAGGCUGCGUUAUUUGGAGACAAUCACGGAGAGCGCGCCACAAUGGUGUCUACAGGUUUACAUCAUGCUACGACAGUGGUCUUUUCCAUCGUAUACUAUAGUCUCGAGUGUGUUAUCAUUCCUGUCAUUAAUAUGGAGCAUCAGGACACUGGAAAAAGAAAGAGUUGGCGCUUUCGAAGACGAUUUCGGCUUUUGCGAAGCAUUCGUGUUAGUGAUUUGGCAAAUGUUUACACUAGUAUCAAGACUUUCUGCAAUCGUUAUUAUUAGUUAUGUUUUCCGAUACGCAGUUUUUUUUCUGGCAGGCCAUUGGCUUCUAAUGGUGAUAUAUCAUGUUUUCUUUCAAAGAAUGGGCGAAGAUUUUUUAGGAUUAUUGUUUCUUUCACUCCUUGCUACCUAUCCCUCGCUGUUUCACUCCAUAUCUUUGAACGACAUCCUUUCGUGCAAAAGCCCAAAAGCUGAGAUGAUUGUGGCGUACAUUUUCAUCGUCGUGGAAAACAUCGUCAUCGUUGUGUUGUCUUUAACGAUUGAUAUUCCUGACGCAAAACACAUGGAUGUGUUGAAACCAAUUGCGUAUGGGUGUCUUAUAGGAGGAACAUCAAUAUCAUUUAUUUUCUUCUGUUGUUUUAUAUAUAUAACAAAUACUUCUUGGAUCAACAGCUUCUCUACGCACUAGGCAUCUCACGCAAUUUUUUUUUCUCACUCCCCGACACAGCUCACCCAAGCCAAGUAUAAAUGCCUGAUAUAAAUACAUAAGAGAUGCCUGCGGAGGAGGCUAGCGCCGCACCUCAAUAAAAAAGAAAUAAUAAGCGCCGCUGUUGAAUAAGCGCCGCGGCGCCUAUUUAGAAAGAUAUAAAUAAACGCUAAAAAAUGUAGAAAUAAACGAUUCUUUUCUGUAACCUCUACCAAAAGUUCAUUCGAUUCAUCGGCCUUCAGAAAAUAAUCUAUUUGCUCACUUUGAAAUAAGCGCCGCUGUCGAAUAAGCGCCUUAAAUCGAUAUUUGCAAUAACCGCCGCGGCGCUUAAUCGAUUAUUUACGGUAAGUAUGUAUGAGAAGUAUCUGUGUGAAGGACUACG